AAAAGUCCCACUCGCCUUCCGCGCUACGCAUAUGUCACCCCUGAAUCUGCCGCCCGACACGCUAAGAAUACUGCAGCUGGCGUAUACGACCUGCUUCCAGGCGAGAUAUAUUGGAAAGAUCGCUACUUCUUCCUCGACGGCCGUGGUUACUCUCUUCGGUCCAGGUACCAUCCGGAUUGGAAACCUUCGUGGAUAGGCACAGAUCGAAAUCCAAUGUUCUGCGGGGAUUCAAUAGGCCUCAUUUGGACAACACAAAGGAACUGCACAUUGCGCGCUACCUCACAGAACAACAUUCGGAUCGAAAUCAUUGCGUGCCGAUCCUCGACGUUUUUCAAGACCCCCUCGAACCUAACAUAGCACUAAUGGUCAUGCCUUACCUGCGCCGCUUCAACAGCCCCGACUUUGGUACUAUCGACGAGGUCAUGGAUUUUAUACGGCAGUCACUCGAUGGUCUGCGCUUUCUCCACGAUUGUCGAGUUGCACAUCGGGACAUCGCCGCAGCAAACGUUAUGAUGGAUUCAAGAUCCUUGUACCCAGAAGGACACCAUCCAGUCAGGAUUGACUAUGCGCCAGAUGGUAUAGUAGAUGCACGUCCACUCUCACGGUCCGAAUGCAACGUGCGGUACUAUUACAUCGACUUCGGUCUAUCAACUUUGUUCGAAGAGGGGAAGCCUCCACUAGUAUUGGGACGUACAGGCCGCGACAAGGAGAUCCCCGAGUUGUCGAACGAGGUCCCCUACGACGCAUAUCGCGCGGACGUCUUUGCACUCGGAAAUCUCUACUACAAGGAGUUCAUCUCGAGGUAUCACGGCCUCGAACUCAUCCAGCCUCUGGUCAGCAUGAUGAAGUGGAAGGACCCUGCCCAGCGGCCGACUGCGGACGCCGCAUACCACAUCUUCGAAUCGAUUUACAGCCGCACCGACGAGACACUCUUGCGCUGGAGACUUCGCUCGCGCACGGAGUCCGCGCCCGAACGAGUCGUUUACGAUACUGUCGCUGCUGCGCGGGAAGGGAUCUACCAACUCCGCCGUCUCAUGUCAUAGCCCUAGUCCUGUGCGCCUCGCUGUCUUUUUGCUGUCUCGUAACGCUUUGUACAUCGCUACUUGUAACACCAUAUCGCUUCUACACUCC